CUGUACUCUGUUAGUGAUGUUGACGAAUGACAACUGGUUGCUGGUUGGGUUUGGAUUUUACGAGUGAUACAAAGUGAUAGGGUUAUGCCUAUUAUCGAAUUUUUAACUAGUCGUGUGAUAAUAUAAUCAGUAUUCAAUCUUUUGUUUAUGUAUUUUAUGUGAAAUGUGUAGUUAUUUUGUUAAAAUUAAAAGUGAUGCAAUUUAUUCUUUAAAUUAACAAAGGGAAUUUGUUAUUUAACCUAUCAACUAAAUCUAGUUAACAUUUUGAGGACCAGAUAUCAUUUGUGGGUUGUGCAGUCAUUUUCCAGGACUUGUUAUCAACAAUGGCAACAUUAGAGGAUGGACUGGAGUUUCCCUCUGAACUGUGUUGGUUGCCACAGUCCUUGGUCGGGGUUGCUGGUUUGGACACGUUGAACAACGCUGUGCACCGCAUUGUUUGGGAGGCUCUAGCCAAUAGCCGCAGACAAGAUCGUUCUCCUGUUCAUUUCAAACUUCUAGGGCCUGUUCAUGAGUUCCCUCCGAUGAAACCAAAGCGCAACUCUUAUGAGUGGUACAUUCCAAAAGGCAUUUUAAAACGUAACUGGAUGAAGAAACACCUGAAGGAAGUGCCCGCUGUUGUUGCAAUAUUCUACGACUUGGACUGGGACGAUCCAGAAUGGCCAGAGAAGAAAAUAGAAUGCACCUCGAGGGUACAGUCCAUCAGGGCAGCACUAGAGGGUCGACACACCAGACUCGGAGUGGUGUUGAUACAGCACAAGGCUCCGGCGGUCGCAGGAGAGGAUGUACUGGCGGUAGACAGAGCUGCUGCACUCUGUGCUGCUGCCGAUAUCAACCCAAAGUGUCUUUUCGUUCUUCCCCAUGUAGACCACCUGCAGGGCUAUGUACUGAGGCUGGAGAAUGCGUUGUAUGAGAUGGCCCAAGGCUAUUACCAGCAGGAGAUACGUCACGUCAAGUCUCACAGAGAGUUCCUCAACAAGACAACCCACCAGUACCUGUUUGUGCGGCACCAGUACAAGAUGGCCUUCCUCAACGAAUUGAAACACGACAACCGCAAUUCUCAUGUCCACUACUCCACAUCCUACAGUAACUUACUAGAGCUAAGGGUCAAUGACACGAACAGUUUAGAGGUGAAGACCGUGGCUGGAUACAUCAACUACAAGGUGUGUCGUCUGCUGUUUGUGCUCAACCAACCACGCGAUGCCAUCAGCCAGUUCCGCAGCUUUAUUGAGAACUUCCGUAGCAGAUCUGGUCCACCCGAGCUCAUCUUCCAGCACCACGCUUGGCUCGCUAAACAGUAUUGCUUGUUUGGAGAGCUGUUUGAGGAGGCUAUCCGUGGGGGACUACCGGCCGUGCAGACGAUGCACCCCGGCUACUACUACGAACUGGCAGCCCGGCAUGCAGCUGACAGGAAGGCAGCAUCUCUCGUUCUCUGUCAGGGAGUGGAAAGGUAUCCUGCCAACGACCCACUGGCAGGUUUGGAUUCACUAGAGUUCUAUGGGCAACGACCUUGGCGGGCCGGCAAUCUGAGUGCCCAACCACCAGACCCGAUCCGGGAGAUGGAGGGAUUCGUCGCACUGCAGUACAACGAGCGCCACCACAUCAACCAUUCUGCCAUCAUCAUCAGCCUCCUGGGCAACGCCAUCACUCAGUACAAGAACUACCGGUGUCCUCGUAUGAGACGUCAUCUGGCUAUUCAAAUGGCCGACGAGUAUUACAGUUCUAAAGAUUAUGGGAAAGCACUCACGCUGCUGACUCACAUGCUGUGGGACUACCGAGCAGAGCGAUGGGACUCUCUUAUCUCCAGUCUGUUGACGAAGGCUCUCAGCUGUGCGUACCUGACGGCCAGUGUGAGGGAGUAUAUUGACCUCAGCCUGGAGGCCUCGGCAUACUUUCCCACCGAGCGGCGCGAAAUACUGUUCGACAACUUGCUCUCCGUCAUACAGGGUUGCAGUCCUGAGCCAGAUGUAGAGGAAGACCAGGACGUGACAGCUGCCAAAGCCUUGUGGACCUCCAAGUGUGCAACUUUAUCAACGCUCUCGCACACUGUGGACAUGACAAAUAUCUCCACCUGUGUCGACUGCAAAGCCAGGCUGGUCCAGGAGAGCUGUACUACUGUCGAUAUACAAGUGCUUGUCAGAUGUAGGUUUGUGAAGCCAGUUCAGUUCACAAGACUCACUGUCUGUGUCAACUCUCCUGCUCUCAGCUCUGAGUUUGCCAUGUGUGACUCGGCCAGUGAUUCGCCGAAGCUACUGUUCAGCCCAGGGGAGGUCAAGAGUUUCCUGUGUCAGAUCACGCCGGAUCCAGCUGACGCAGGCAAGGAGAUACAGAUUGGAUCCAUCCUGCUAGAGCUGAGCAGUGGCAAGGGAGUGAAGGUCAUCCUGCGUUUCACCGGGAAUGACAGCUCGAAAAAUUCUCCCCUCGAACUCAGGUGCGGAACCCCUGCCGAUGUACAAUUUGAGAAGUUCUCCCCGGCAGUUGUCCUAGCUUUGGCCCACCCAGUCGCAGAAAUGGACAUCAAAGUGAGACAUGAAGGACCAGCUCUGCAGGGCUCCUGGCAUCGUUUGUCAGCCUGCCUCACCAACCCCGAGCCUGGCCGUAUCUCGCAGAUCUUACUCCACGUCACCAUCAGGUCCUCUCUGGAGGAUCCUUCUGUAGAACAGAAGACGGACAUGUGCGAGACCGUGGCAGGCGGACUGAUGUCACUGCCGCUGUCUCUGACUGUGGAGGAUAUGGAGCCAGGCGUCACUGUGGAGAAGCAUUUCUUCAUGAAACCUCACAGUCUGACGCCUAGACAUCUCAACAUCUUUGUGACUUACACAUCCAGCAAGGGAGAGCACUGCACUCAGGCGGUGACGGAGACUGUGGAGGUCAGCAAGGCUCUGGAGGUGAAGUUCGCCUUCGUCUCCACUCACUGCGAGCCUGUGACCAGACUGUACGCCAGGGAGCCGUUCCUACUCACCCCACAAAUCGACUGUCUCUCUCCUAGCCCUCUCAUUAUACAGCGCACUGAACUGCAGCUGGCCAGUGAAGUGGUACUGCAGCAGACGACGUACCAGUGCCAGCUGGCCGGUGCCACUCUCCGGGAGGGGGAGGGGGGCACGUGUAUCACCUGUCUAAUGGUUAAACAGAGCUCAGAGCAACCGUUCUCUCUCGGCAACUUUGUCAUUCACUGGAACAGGGAGGGAGGGGAGGUGAGCACUCUGGUGGUUGCCAUGCCGACUGUCACUGUGGAGAACUGCCCUCUACAGCUGGAGAUGUGCGUUCCUGCUCACGGUUGGGUCAGGACACCUCUGUCCAUAGCCUAUCUGGUCCAUAACCAUACGGACUCACUGCUUCCCGUCGGUCUCAAUAUGGAGCCCAGCGAAGCGUUCAUGUUCUCCGGGCACAAACAGAUGAGGGUAAGUCUUCUGCCUCAGUCUCACCAGAAAUUUGAGUACAACUUGUAUCCGCUACUCUCCGGCCUGGUGGCUCUGCCUCAACUGAAGCUCUCCAUCCCGUCGGAUGUGGCCACUCCGCAGCUGGUCACUGAGCUCAUAGACAGAGCGAUCCCCUCACAUGUUUACAUCAUGCCUCAAGCUAAAAGUAGGACAACUGCUGCUCCCACACCUGCGUAGUCUAUUACCACAGUCCAGUCUACUGCGUAGGUCCUCGACAGAUAUUUCGAUUAGAUUAAUUUAUAAUUGUUUUUUUUUUAUUGUAUGAUUCACUUCAAUAUCGUGACUCCUUAAUCAUUGAUUUUUUUUGUACCAAUUAGAACACAUUCUAGAUUAUUGCGGUUUUGAAUAAUAACAUUUUUUAUUUAAUGUUCUGUUCUAAAAGAUGUUUUACUCUUUGAAGAGCAUCACAUUUGACUCAUAAGUCACAUUCAAGACAGUUUACCGUUUGUAUUGCAAGACAAUACAGAUACUUAUACCAUAUUUUGUUGUUUUAACAAAUCUUUUUUGUUAGUUGUUUGAUUGUUUUCAAAUUAAAUAUAUCACAGUUUUUGAGUA